AAACACUCGUUUUAUAUGAACACUUCUUUUCUAGCUAUUAUGUUAACAAUGAAAGACUGAUAUCACAGACAUCAUUUGUUGUAAUUUUUCUUGUGAAAAAAGAAAAAGAAAAAUAUAAUGAUCACAGAAGAAAUGAAUCAGUUACCUCCAGAUGGAAAAUGGGGUUGGAUGAUUGUUUUGGCGUAUGGAUUGAACGGGAUAUGUACCAUAUCAAUCAUACAAGGAUUUGGAUUAAUAUUUAAAGAUCUUUUCCCUCGUUUUGAGUUCAAUGCAACUCAAGGGACGAUUAUUAUUAAUACAAGUUUCUCUUUUGGUAUGAUACUUGGAUUGGUGAACGGUCCAUUGUUACGAAAUUAUGGAUAUAGGAAAAUGGCUAUAAUUGGUAGCUUAUUCUUCAGUAUUGGAGUAAUUAUAACGGCAUUUAUCAAUUCUUUUACUUCUUUCAUAUUAUUCUACGGUAUAUUCACGUCAUUAGGUACGUAUAUGACAUUGUCUGCUUUUUCAUAUGCAUUGAACUCCUAUUUUACAACGAAGAGAGGACGCGCCAUGUCUUUAGCAAUGACGCUUAUUGGAUUGGGACCUAUAGUUGUACCUCAAAUGACUUCUUUUUUACUUUCAUAUUAUGGAUUUCAGGGCACGAUACUAUUAUAUGGAGCAUUUUCUUUUCAUUCAUUGAUAGGAGCUUUACUACUUCAUCCACUCAAAUGGCAUAUGAAAGAUGCAACUAAAUCGAAAUCUUCGAAUGAAGAAUUAAUGAAAGAAGACAAAAAUAAAAUAUUAGAUCAGAAAGAGAUUAUUAUUCAAGAAGAAGUAAAUAUUAAAAAUUCAAUCAUGGACUUAAAUAACGUAUCACGAAAAAGAAAAAUAACUCAAGUGUCGAAUAUCGAUCACGAUGCAGAAAUUGGAAGUAUUUAUGGAUUCGAUAUACCUUAUGCUCGUCAAAUAUCAGAAACAUUAAAUGUUUCUAUAGGAGAAAAAGAAGUUGAUAUGUACAAAAUCAUUGAAAAUGGUGAAAUGGGAAAAGACCAUUCAAGAAUUCAAUAUAACAAUCGUCGAUUUAAAAGCAUUGAUACGAUCAAUCUUGGCAGCAGUAUUAAAAUCUUUGAAGAGAAACCUUUGACAAAAUAUAAUAGUAAAAAUGAAAUUGAUGAUUACAGUAAUAUAAUAAACGAAGAAAACGAUAUAUUAAAACUAACAAAAAACAAUACAAACAAAACAUUGAAUACAGAAAAUGAUAAUGAUGAAAAGUUAAAAAAUAAAUCUAUUAUGUCACGAAUAUUGAGAACGAUAGCAGAAUAUUUUGAUCUGGAUUUAUUAAAGGACCCAGGGUACGUAAAUCUGAUGUUAGGAAUGUCUGUUGCUGUUUUUGCUGAAAUGAAUUUCUCCCAACUAACACCUUUCAUUCUAACGGACAUGAAUAUAUCAACUAAGCAGAUUGCAUAUAUAAUGAGUACCAUUGCAAGUGUGGAUUUGAUUUUUAGAAUUCUUGCUCCUUUUAUCGGAGAAUGGUUUAAUCAACCACCGAAAAUAAUGUACAUGAUGAGUUUAUGUCUCUUAAUUAUCAGUAGAACAUCUUUAUUGUUCAUUAAUGGAUUUGCUUCAUUAUUAAUUGUUGCCUCUGGACUAGGAGCUGCCAAAGGAAUACGUUCAAUAUAUAUGAGUUUAGUAAUACCUUCUUAUGUACCAAUUCAUAAAUUACCGAAUGCAUCAGGAAUUCAAAUGAUUGUAAAUGGAAUGCUGCUUUUAUGUGCAGGCCCUAUGCUUGGUAUAAUGCGCGAUAAUUUUGGAAAUUUCGCACCUUCUCUAAUUGUGAUAAAUACUGUUACAUUAUUUACAGUAAUAAUGUGGACGAUAGAAAUUAUACUUAUUCGAAGAAAAAAAUCACAGAAACAAAUAGAACAAGAAAUUUCUUGAUUUUAUAAAAUAUUUAAUUAAUUAAUAUUAUGUAUUUAUCAUAUUAUAGCAAUGAUAUUAACCAUUUGGAUGAUUCCGUAUUAUAAAAAAAUUUAUUUAUUAUACAUAUUUAUAAAAUAAUAAAAAAAUCA